AUGGCAUCAUCAACGACUCGAGGUGCAGCAGCCCUCAAGGCAUUUGCGUCAAAACCGCGUGUCUUCAUUCUGACCGAUAUUACCAACGAACCUGAUGAUGCAGAAUCCUUCUGCAGAUAUCUCACAUAUUCCAAUCAAUUUCGCACAGAAGGGGUAGUUGCCGUCACUUCAACAUGGCUCAAGAACAAGGUCGCGCCGCAAAAUCUCCAUGAGAUUGUCAAUGCAUACGAGAAAGUAGUUGAUAACCUCAACGCCCAUGCCCCUACAGACUCCCUGUACCCGUCGGCGCAGAGCGUGAGAGACCUGAUCAAGUCUGGUCCUCCAGUUUAUGGUAUGGAAGCAGUCGGUGACGAUAUACCGCUUAGUGAAGGAGGUGAACUUCUUCUCGAGCGAUUGACGGCUCCCGUAGAAGACCCUCUCUGGGUUCUCGUCUGGGGCGGCGUCAAUGUGCUUGCCCAAGUCCUCAACAAGAUCCGUGACCGGCCGGAUGCAGCUAAACUGCGACAGAAGCUGCGUGUCUACACGAUUUCUGAUCAAGAUGAUUGCGGAGGCUGGAUCCGCCAACAGUAUCCCGAAAUCUUCUACAUUUGCUCCGUUCACGGCUGGAACCAAUACCAAGCUGCCGCUUGGACUGGUAUUUCGGCUCCUUGCUCUGGCGAUGUGGGCGGUCCCGACGACUCGAAGGUGACUCACGAAUGGGUCAAACAAAACGUUCAGAUUGGUCCUUUGGGCGCCGCGUACCCAGAUUUUGAGUUUAUCAUCGAGGGGGACACGCCCACGUUCCUUUAUCUCAUUCAAAAUGGUUUGGGCGUUCCAGAAGAGCCUCUGUAUGGAUCUUGGGGUGGCCGCUAUAUCCCGGUGAACGUGAGCUCAAAGGGGCUUUCUUCUAGGGGUCAUUUUGCAGACGCAAUCGACACUGUGACAGGUGUAGAUGGCAAGCCGCACAGGUCCAAUCAGGCGACCAUCUGGAGGUGGAGAAAUGCUUUCCAGGACGACUUUGCCGCACGUAUGCAGUGGACUUUGACGUCCGAUUUCAGUAAGGUCAACCAUCAUCCCGUCGCGGUUGUCAAUGGCGAUUCCGACCUGACGCCCAUUCAUAUCGAAGCCGAUGCUGGAGGCGUGGUUACUUUCGAUGCGUCGGAGAGUUACGACCCUGAUGGUGACCAACUCAGCUUUAAGUGGUAUCAGUACCGCGAGCCAAGCUCACUACAGACGUAUCACGGACUGGAGGUGUCUAACAUUGAGAUCAAGGCUCUCAACGAUGGGGGAAGUAAGGUGGAGGUUAAAAUUGCGCCGGCAGAGAAGUCUUGCAUUGUGGUCAGAGAAAAGAUUCCCCUGGAGCGAGGCCUGCCGCUGCACUUGAUACUGGAAGUCACGGACAGCGGCUCGCCUGCUUUGACGAGCUACCGCAGGGUGAUAUUACAGCCUAUCGAUAGAGACUUCGCGAAUAGAAAGUAG